UUCUUUUCUCUUCAUUGAUCUUGGCGUGCCACCCCACAUUUAUUAGUGCCCUCCAUCUGGCAAAACUUUCUGGAGGCGCCCCUGGGAGGGCGUCAGGGAGGCUGGGGCUUGGAGCAGUGGAGAUGAGGAGACUGCUCCUCAGAAAUGUGCUCUCGUCUAUUGUGCGAGAAGGAAAGAAGGCAGCCGACAGACGGAGAGAAGAGUUGACAGAGGAGUAAUGAGAGAAAUAAUGUGAGACAGAGAAAAGGGUCCUUUCUGGGGCACCGUGGAUCCGGACUGGAGGCGACCGCCCGGUGUUGGAGGGCGAAGGUAUGCUUGGCUGUGUGCGUGAGAGAGAGAGAGACUGUGUUGCGCGUUUGGCGGAGAGACCGCAGAGAGCCCCAGACAACUUCCAGCACCCUCCCAGCGCCGCUGCGCUGCGCUCCGCUCCGCUGCGCCCUGCCGCCACCGCCGCCGCCGCGUCUCUCCGAGUCUUUCUCCGGGACCCAGGCGGCUGGCGCGGUGAGAUGUGAAGAGGCUUAAAGUAUGGCAUGCAAGGAUGGUGUCCGCAAAGAAGAAGGAGAUGGUGACAGCGACGCGACCCGCGUUUAUUCGGACCCUGUUCUACUUUUUCUGUUUGACGACUUGUGCGAAAAGCAUCUCGGGACAAACAAAGAAGGAUGAGAGGAUUUACCCGGAGAAUUUUACUCGGAUAUUGGACCGACUUCUGGACGGCUAUGACAACAGGCUUCGACCUGGAUUCGGAGGUCCUGUGACCGAGGUGAAGACUGACAUUUACGUGACGAGUUUUGGGCCGGUCUCAGAUGUUGAAAUGGAAUACACCAUGGAUGUAUUCUUUCGGCAGACCUGGGUUGACCGGAGGCUGAUGUACGAGGGCCCAGUGGAGAUACUGAGACUAAACAACCUGAUGGUGACCAAGGUCUGGACACCGGACACUUUUUUCAGGAACGGCAAGAGGUCGGUGGCCCACAACAUGACGGCCCCCAAUAAGCUCUUCCGCAUCAUGAAGAACGGCACCAUACUCUACACCAUGAGGUUGACCAUUAUCGCCGAGUGUCCCAUGAAGUUGGUGGAUUUCCCCAUGGAUGGACACGCCUGUCCUCUCAAGUUUGGAAGCUAUGCCUACCCCAAAACAGAGAUGAUCUACACGUGGACCAAAGGGCCCCAGCAUUCGGUGGAGGUCCCUCCUGAGUCCUCCAGCCUCGUUCAGUAUGAUCUCACCGGCCAGACGGUCUCCAGCGAGACCAUUAAAUCCAUCACAGGUGAAUAUGUGGUGAUGACGGUCUACUUCCACUUAAAACGUAAAAUGGGCUACUUCAUGAUUCAGACGUAUAUCCCCUGCAUAAUGACAGUAAUCCUCUCCCAAGUGUCCUUCUGGAUAAAUAAGGAGUCAGUCCCGGCACGGACCGUCUUUGGCAUCACCACUGUCCUGACUAUGACGACACUCAGCAUCAGUGCUCGGCACUCUCUCCCCAAGGUCUCAUAUGCGACUGCGAUGGACUGGUUCAUUGCCGUCUGCUUCGCCUUUGUCUUCUCUGCCCUCAUCGAGUUUGCCGCUGUCAACUAUUUCACCAAUGCACAGAUUGAGAGGGCCAAGAGGAAGCCAGGCAAAUGUCCCCCCGUGCCCCAAAGCACGCCUGUUAAGGUGAAGGACACAGAGGAAGUGCAGCAGCAAGUUCCCGACACCAACGGCUCCCUGAGAAAACGGAUGAACUACGUCUCCCACCAGGACGCGACCGCUCAGCCGAGAGCCCAGUCCACCACUAACGUUUCAGGCCUGGGAAGAGGAAGGGCCCUGAGAGCUUUAGCCGGCGGCGCCAACGGCAGCUCCUCCACGCUCUCCCGCUCCAGCCCCAAGUCCGAGAGCCUGCUCAGCGUGGCCUCCUCCUCUGCCCAGCUGGUGAAGGGCACGCCUCAGCCAGCGGCCUCCACCCCUGACGUGAUGGCGGGCACGCCGGGCAGGCAGGGCGCCGACUCCGCGUCCCUGCACCAGCUGCUGGGGCCCAAGCUGGAGCGCAUCCAGAUGAUGGGCAACAAACUGGAGCCCAAGCAGACGCCGUGCUCCCAGCCGACCGCCGCCGGCAUGGGCGGAACCAGUAAAAUUGACAAAUACGCGCGGAUCCUGUUUCCGGUUUCGUUCGGGGCGUUCAACAUGGUCUACUGGGUGGUCUACCUGUCUAAAGACACAAUGGUGACCAAGGGCAACUAGAUCUCCAUCUGCCAACGGGAUUCAUCGGUAUUUCGUCUUAACCUGGAUACAACAGCAGGAGGCUGCUGGUUUUGCCAAACAGUUAAAUGUGCUCAUUCGUCAACGGCGGAUCCAGGAGAACACGUUCGCGGCGCAUUUGUUUUGCUCCUGCCGAGGGACCGCAAGCAUGGAAAUAAAUCCUUAUAAUUAGAAUGAACUGACUCAGCAUAAGAACGUCUGCACAUUGGAAUAUUCCACUGUCCCUUUUUUUCUAUUUUCUAUGGCCUCGUCUGAUUGUAAAGGUCUGCAACUGCCUCGUGGUCCGUUUGGCCUGGAUACAGUGUGGGGAUUUGUCACUUUCCUAUUUUUGUACCCUGCACCGGUUGGAUAUGUCACCAUUCGGAAAUGAACUUCACCCCCAAUGUAAAUAUAUAUAUAAAUAUAUAUAUAAAUAUUUAUUUAUUAGGUUAAAAAGAUUUAUAUUUGAUGUAAAAACUUAAAAACAGAACAGUAGGUUUAGGGAUUUGCAGUAAAAUGAUCUGAAAGUACAAAGAGAUCUGGGUGGCGGUGCAUGGUCUCAGAUGCCUCCUGGCAGAAUGAGUGUCAAGCUGAAAAGACUUUUGAUCAAAAAGUCUUAAAAACCAGGCUUAGAGGAGCUUUGGUCAUGAAUGGAUGAGCUGUGAAAGCUUCUUGCACAGUACCUCCUUGUGAAGCAUCUCCCUUGCACAAGAUGGCUUAACCAAUCGGAAACAACCCCCGAGAUGAAAUGUAGGAAAAGGAAUGAGAAAGGAAGGAGUGGAGACAUGCUUACAGCUGUAGGGUUUACUUCUUUACCGUCUGGUCAAGGUUCAUACUUUAAUUAUGUAAAUUAAUAAAAACAAUCCACAUGUACAGACAAAAGCCAGAGAAAUUAGAGACAUUUACUGG